GAGCGAGCGUGCGGUAGUUUCCUCUGUGGCGGCCAGUUAGGAUCUGCAGGAACUGAUGGUGAUUGUUGCGCCAUAGAUCUUGCGUACGCGUUUCUUGCUUAUCUGAUCCUAUUUUCGAGAGUCUAACGCAAAAGUCCACUCGGGGAGAUAAGUGCCUUUAUUGCCGGUUUGUGAGAAUCAUUAUGUCAUCAAACGUGUGAAACGCUGUAGUAGUUUGCUCUCCACAAAGUGCGAGUGCGAACCUUGAUAGUGCUGAUAAGAACAGCUUCGGAACUUGGAAUUUGAAUCACCUACCUACUACGUGGAGUGUGUGUGUAUGUGCCGUCCUGUAGGUGAUCAAAAGAUGCGGUUGCGGAAAUUCGGUUUGCUGAAGGCGGUACGCUUCGAUGGAUGAGAUGGAUUUCCAUCAGCUGGCCCACCAGCGGCGGAAGCGUUGUUGGCUGGUUUUCGGAAGAGCUAUCCUGACCCUCUCGGUGCUGGGACUGAUCACCGUUGGGCUGUACAUGCUGUCCGAUCGGGUGCAUGCCGAAUCGGAACCAACGGAAAGUCCUGCCGAGUUUAAUGCCCGAGAACGACGAGAGUUACGUAGCGAUAGCGAUAGUGAAAGAAUCGAAGAAGGCCGGUAUGCUGUGAAUGUUGAUGAAGUGUUGAGUGGAAAAUAUGGUUCUGUUGUGAACAAAAAUAAAUUUAACCGGUUUGUGCGAAGCAUUCGAGGCGGUUCGGAGAAGGCAGGAGAAAAUGAUCUGCAAUUCGGUGGUUCCAAAGUGAGCAAGCGGAGAAGUGAAAGUACAACCGAAAGUUUAGAUAAUCAAAUUGUGGAAGAUUUUGAGGAUGCUGGUAAUAGCAGUACGGAGAUCAUUUACGAGGGUGAUUUCGAUUUGCACAACCAAACCGACUACGAGGAGAAGGUACGCCACAAAAAGGAUGGCUAUCCGACGUACGAGCAUUACGUGUAUGUAAGGCGCUACAAGUGCUCGAAAAAGCCGCACUGGCAUCGGAAAGGUUGCAACUGCCAUAUCCAGGGUUCGGUCAAGCGGAUCUGCAACCAGCACAGUGGCCAAUGCGUCUGUAAGCCAUUCGUGGAGGGCCGUCAGUGCAACCGGUGCAAGCCUGGCUUCUGGAAUGUGGAUUCCGGUUCCGGUUGCAUCAAAUGCAGCUGCGAUCCCAAUGGAAGUGACCACGAGGAGUGCGAUAUGUACACGGGCCAGUGCUUCUGCAAAAUCGGUGUCGAGGGCACGAAUUGCGACCGAUGCCAGCAGGGCUACUAUGGAUUUUCUAGUCACGGAUGCAAGAGAUGCGAGGAAUGUGCCAGUCCGGCGUAUGUGUGCGACCCGGACACGGGCCGCUGUGUGUGUCCACCGAACAGUCACGGUCCAGACUGCCGGACGUGUACCGCAAACACCUGGGGUAAUGUGUUCCAGCGAGGUUGCCAGCAUUGCGAGUGCGACAUCAAUGGGUCGAUAGGGCAGAGCUGCAACAGUCACGGUGGACAGUGCAAUUGUAAGGAAGGAUUCACAGGGCGACGGUGCAGCGAGUGUGCCGUAGGAUAUUACGGCUAUCCGAACUGUCGACGUUGUGGGUGCGACGAGAAGGGAUCGAUCGCAAGGCCUGAUGGAACGCGUGAAUGCGACGAUAACGGGCAGUGUCUCUGCAAACCGCUGGUGUUUGGGAGGGUCUGCGAUCAGUGCAAGGCGGCCACGUUUGGUCUGUCGUCGGUUAACCCGGAUGGUUGUACGCGAUGUUUCUGCUUUGGACGGUCGCAGGAAUGCGAGCAGAGUGAGUUCUCCUGGGGUCAGAUACGGUUGCCAGGGUCACGCAACUUGAGCGUUGAGUACGUCGCAAAGGACGAGGAUGAUUUCGACUUCGAUUACGUUGUAGUGAUCCAGCUCGAAGGGACGAAAACGAAUAGGGAGGAUGCGGAGAUUAAGAAUAUGAACAACCUUGAUUUGAUUCCCAGCUCGACGGGCAAUGUUUCGAUUGGAGCUUACAGCGCGUUUCGCUACCCGCUGUAUUUCCAGCUGCCGACGCAGUUUCUUGGGGAUCGAACGACCAGCUACGGAGGUGUUCUGAAUUUCAGUCUAGUCACUGUAGGAGCGUAUGAGACCAUUCCGGAGGCUUCCCUUCGACAGUUUCCCUUGGUGCAGCUGCACACUCACGAUGAGCUGGUUUUGGACUACUACGAAGACCGGAUUGUUUUUGAUAAGAAAGUUAUUCAGCAUUCCGCUAGGUUACACGAGAGUCUUUGGAAGAAUCACUACGAUGGGGGACCGAUUACAAGGGCCGUACUGAUGGUAGCCCUGCAGGAUGUGAGGCACGUUUUUGUUCGUGGAACCAUAACGGAGGACUUUCGCCAGGUUGUGCUGGCGAAUGUGACGCUCGAUACGGGUAUUUACGUGGCAGGAACGGACAACAAUCAAGCCUAUGGUAUUGAACGAUGUACUUGCCCGGUUCAAUAUAGUGGACUUUCCUGUCAAAAUCCCGGUCCAGGGUACUACCGUUUUAAGCCACGACUACCGAAUAAGGUUCCCGAGACGAUCGAUGAUUACAUUGGGAAGGUGCUACCUUGCGAUUGUAAUGGACGAAGCAGCGAAUGUAAUUCGGAAACUGGAGUUUGCUUGAACUGUCGAAACAACACCGGCGGCGACUUCUGUCAGGUCUGUGCGGAAGGAUUCUACGGCAAUCCGAACUACGGUUCGUGUGAGCCAUGUCCCUGUCCGGAAACAAGGAAAAACUUUGCAAGGGGCUGCGUUGUGCACGGAAAUGAGGUUAGCUGUAUCUGCAAACCAGGCUACACGGGAGCGUUGUGUGAAUCUUGUGUCCGAGGUUACUACGGAUCUCCACAUUUGGAGGAUGGUCGGUGUGACUUUUGCGAUUGCAAUCGAGAAGGCUGCCUGUCGGAAGAAUGUGAUCCGCACAGCGGACAAUGUCGCUGUAAGCCUGGAAUCAUCGGACGGCGGUGUGAUCGGUGCGAACAGCCAAAGCACAUCGUUCAAAACUAUAAGUGCAAGCUGUGUGACAAUUGUACGAUUAUUCUCAUUGACGAUCUGACUGAUUUGACACAUCGGCUGGAGGAGGAAACAUCUCACAUCGAUCAAAAUGGAGUUCCAGCUCCUUGGAUCGAGUUGGAGCGGUUCGAGGAAGAGUCACAAACUCUUGGAAAGGCGGUCGGACAGCUUUUAGACGUGAAGGAUCGCGUUGUCAACUUUGAUAAUUCUAUAAUCGAUAAUUUAAAACGCAACGCAACGAGAUUGAACAAACGUCUGAAUAAACUUUCAAAUCGUGUGGAUGAAUUUCAAGAUAUGUCGGUUAGCAAAGCCCUGGAUCGUGCCACCGCUCUCGGUGCAGACAUUCACGACACGAAAGACACUAUCGAACAGACAAUUGCCGUCCUGCAGAACUAUGGUUCGGGGGAUCAGCACAUUAAGCUACCGAUAGCGCUGCAGGAGGCCAACGGCCUGCUGGACGAUAUUCGGUUUCAGUACGGAAAGAGUCGACCCAAGAGUGAUGUUCUGGAGUGUGCCGUUAGGCAGCACGCCUUUUGGAGCAAUUUUUCCGAGUCCGUUGAUCGUCAAAACAAACGACUGGAUGAUCUGAAGUUUGAGUUUGGCAUCUUUCGCAAUCGCAUGGAUGAUUUCGAUCGCCUGAACAGGGAAAUCUUCAACAAUGCAACGUUGACGGAAACUUUCACAACCAAAAAUCGACGAAAGCUAGCCGAAAUAGAGAGGAAACAUCAGCAAUCAUUGGAAAUGGUCGAUGAAAUCGAACAAUUUCUGGACAGCAACACUCUUGCGGACAGUGGUGUGAAACUGGAACAAAUUACGGAUCACUAUGUACAACUUGAGCAAAACAAGGAGAACCUAGUGUGGUUGAAUGACGCUUUGGAGGACACUAUUAAAGAGUUUGAUCAACGGUUUGAAGCGCUCGAUCGAGACGACAUCCCGGCGGCAAUUGGUUACAGUAAACAGCUGGAGAAAGAAUCUGAUCAAUACCAGCAGAAGUUCAAGAACACCGAGGACGGAGCAGCGAACGCCAUGAAAGCAAGUAUGGCGUACGAAAACAUAAUCGGUGCGAUCGUGUCCGCACAGGAGCUCGCAGACAAUGCAACGGAAAGUUCAAAAGCGGCAAACAAUAAAGUUAAUCCUCUGGGUAACAUCUCAUUGGUAGAGCGCAGUGAACACUCGAUGAACGUAUCGGCCAGUAUCGAAAAGAAAGCGCACAAGGAACUGGAACGGGCCAACGAGCUGAAUGGGGUGAUGGUGAUGAAGGAGAAAAAUGUCGAAAGCCUGCAGUACCGUCUUCGGUUGGCAGGUGUGGACAACAACCGUGUCAUGGAAGAGCAGGCCGGUCUCAAUCGAGGGGAAGCGAUGACGAAGCUACAGACGACGCUGGAUCAGGCGAACAUCGUUUCCGAUCAGAUGAAAUUCGUACGGGAGGAAGCCGUAACACUGAACAGUGACGUGUACAAACUGAAGCUAAAACUGGCGAAGCUGGAACCGGAAUGGGAUACGAAGUUCGGAAUGGCUGAGGAGAACGUUUCGCAAUCGCUGGGCAACAUAUUGAACGCCAAGAAGGAGCUCAAUGGUGUGGAAAAACUGGCACGAACCCAGAGUGAAAAGUUUCAAGCGUGGAACGCUUCAUUCUCGGUUCAUCUGCAGGAACUGAAAGAUAAAAUUGCCCGAGCAAAGCAUGCUGCUGAAGGAAUCCGCGUCUCCCUGGAGUCAAAGGAUGAUUGCAUUCGCUCGUACGCGCCGGUUUCUUAUGGUCCCUCGACAACCAAUCGCAUCCUUAUGUCUGUGGCACUGAACUCGGACAACGUUGAAUCUCCUUUGGUCUACAUUCAGGGAGAAGAACGUCGCUUCAUAGCACUGGAAAUGUAUCAACGAAAAAUUCGCUUGGUUUGGAAUCUGGGUGACGAAGAAGUUGUGAUCACUCAUCCGACCGAAAUUAAGGUCCGGGAUCCAAAGUAUGACGAUGCGUGGUUUUUCAUAGAAGCAAAUCGUACCUUCAAUCUGUGCAAUCUGAAUGUUCGGCGAAUGACGCACAGCGGAGUGCUCGUGCCGGCAAAUGCUGUUUCUGGGGCUAGUAGUCCGGAAUUUUCCAAGCUAACCAUGGGGCCCAGUAGUCGCAUUUGGGUGGGUGGAGUUCCUGAUGAGUUGAGAACACCUGGGUUACGGGCCAAUACGGGUCUUGGGGUAGUGUUGAGUCAGCUGUACGUUGAUCAACGACAGAUCGGCUUAUGGCAUUUCACUUCUUCGCAAGGUAAUUGCGGCGGGGCGAUGCUUGGACCUCAGGAAAGUUCAAGUACCACAAACGAAAGGCAUUUCAACGGCGAUGGCUACGCUGUAUUGCAGAAAUCGUCCAGCCAUAGAAGCAAGAACCAGUUUAGUUUGACGUUAAGCUUCAAAACCUUGGAUGAAAAUGCGCUGAUCUUCCUGGCAUUAGAUGAAACAAAUAACCGCUCCAUCUCCCUCACCCUGUCUCAGGGCAAACUGGUCUUCCGCGUUGACUACGGUGGCGACUCUAAGCUAGAAAUCAACACAACCAAUCGGUACAACACCGGUCAAUGGGUCGUUGUGGAGGCUGCUCGAUCCUUCUCGAAGGGCAGCACCGAAAAUGGAAUACUCAAGGUAGACAACAAGGAAGAGUUCCGUGGUGCCCCUACGAAACCGAUCAACUCCGGAAUGCUACCGAACCUCGGAAAUAACUACUAUCUGGGAGGAGUACCACCCGGGUUCAAAUCCGGAACGACCAAGGCGCCGGGAGCAGAUCAUGCUUUCUUGGGAUGUUUGAAGGGCGUCCAAAUAACCGGAGUCUCCUAUGAUCCGCUGGACAGUUCGAAACACUUUGGAAUUGAAGGCUCCUGUGUUGACACGAUUAGCAGAGCUGGCUUCUACGGUAAUGGAUUCGUAGAAUUCCCAUCGCAUAGUCUUCGCAAACGGGCCAACUUUGGGUUCGUUUUCCGCACACUGGAACCAAACUGCUCUUUAUUACUGUCCGGGUUCCCUACCCGAUUGGCCAAUGAUUUCGAUUCGAAAGAUAUGCGUGGAAACUACUCCGUAUUCCUGUACGAAGGAAAGCUCAAUCUGUGGGUUGAUUCCGGAGCUGGACGUGUACAGAUAGUUUCGAAUAACACACUGAACGACGGAGAGUACCACGUGAUCAGCGUAAUUAAGCGAGGCCGAACGGUUGAGCUGAGAAUCGACGACGAGUUACAAGGUUCCAAGGCACUCCCCAAAGCCCAAGCCCUGGUCAAUAUGCCCGGUGAGCCGGGUGGUCUUUUCCUGGGCGGCGUUCCGGAUGACCCCGCUUUCGAUAAUCUUUCCAAGUCGUUCAACGGCCUAAAGGGCAUGAUUGCCAACGUCGUCUUCAACAACCGAACGAUCUCCUUUGAUCAGGCACUUCAUUUCACCAACGUUCAAAUGGGUCGAUCCGGUCCGCCAAUGGGAUCGCACGUUUUGCAUACCGCUCUGAUGAAGACUGAACCGAUAGGACGCAGCUUUAAGCCUCCACCGGAGGGAUGCAACCGGGUUGGAAGCUACUCUUACGAGCCGAAUGCAUUCAAGUAUGGUGACAAGCCGCAAAGCCAUUCGAUAGUCAACGUGCCCGCCCGCCAUUUAUGGCAACGAAACUUCAUCAUCCAGUUCGACUUCCGCACCUUCUAUCCAAAUGGAUUACUAUUCGUAGCUUUGGGCUCCAAGGACAAAGCAAAACACUACAUCACCCUAUCGCUUCGCGAUGGUUCACUGGUGCUAACGGUGCGCGGCCGCAAACAGGAACAGCUGCUGCUGCCGGUCAAGCUAAACGACGGCCAGUGGCAUCAGGUGUCGCUGAACAGUGUCAAGAAGAAGGCCACACUGAGCGUCCAGAUGGGAGUGGGAGACAGUCUCAGUUCGGCGCAGAUUAAACUACCAAAGAAGCUGAAUGCUGCCAACAAUCUGUUCGUUGGUGGCAUUCCGGACGAAACGCUACUGCCGAAGGAGUGGCAAACGAGACCGGAAGAGUUCAAGGGAUGCCUGCGGAAGUUUUCGGUCAACAACAACACGCAGGAUUUGGCCCGCCCGGGAAGACAUCUGAACGUGGGCCAGUGCUUUCCGCGAAUCGAACAGGGUUCCUACUUUCCGGGAGAUGCGUAUGCAAUCUAUAAGCGCAAUUUCAACGUCGGAAAGUUCAUGGAUGUUGACCUGGAACUACGAACGUCCGAAGUCAAUGGCAUCCUGAUGAGUGUAGCUGACUCCACCAAUGGUUUUCCUGCUUUCUCGCUGGAAAUUUCAAAUGGCAACGUUAUUCUUUCGAUAGACGUCGGCGAUGGGUACCCGAUCCGGGUGCAGAGCACCCUGCCCUCGAAGUACACCCUCUGCGACAACCGAUGGCACAACGUGUCCGCCCUGUACGAAGACCACCAGAUAGUGCUGCGGGUGGACAACUAUCCACCCAAUACGCUGCUGGUGCAAUCGAACGAAAUUCUGCGAAGAGUUGUCACCAAAGCGCCGCUCUACAUCGGUGGCCUGCCAGACACUGCUCCCAGUGGAACGCUGCUACUGCGGGAAAACUUCAAGGGCUGCAUUCGGAAUGUGGUGAUACGAAACGAACGAAAGGAUUGGACCGACAUGGACAAUCUGCACAACGUCCUACUGAGUGAAUGCUUAGCUGUCAAUUGACGAUUGGGGAAGUUCCCUUUUCCCGCUCCUACCCAGUCAUCACACGUUUUGUAAAUAGUAGGUCACUUUUGUUGUAGCAUGUGAAUACGCUUAAAUAAUAGUGCUAUUGCCAGCGAUCAAAUUUGGUUCCAGGACUUCAUUGCCUUGAAGCUAACGGAACUACGACAAGCCAAAUAAAAACUACAAUUUACUUAAAUAUUAUCUGUAUUUAAUGUAUACUGAUAAACGAAGGCUACGAGAGGCUCCAGCUUAUCACGAGUUUAUCCAAUCAAGCAAACGAUGUGCCUUGCGUUUUCUGUGAAAUAUAAUUGUUCGUACAAACCACCGAUUCUAAGUUAGUGUUGUCGAAGAUAGAAUCCUAGUGCAUAGAACUGAGUGUUAUCAUCAACCGAAAAAAAAACUGUACAUUGUAUUCAAGUCACACACACACUGUUAAGUAACAUAAGUAUUUAUUUUCACCGACUUAAAACAAAAAAAGCUACUGCCAACUGUUGUAGUGAAACCCCCGGAUGAGGCUUGCUCCUGCUCCGGUCGAUUCCUAUUGAAUACAAAUUAAUUAUUUAUGCUAAAAAAUUUACGGUAAGAUAAACAAAUCACAUACUGCCAUAUAACUUAGAUAAGUUAAUAUAUUGGAACCUGUAUUUAACGCUAGACAAAUAUGUUAGGUUUUCCUCCAGCGGGGGAAAACACGCUACAGAUGUAAAUUGUUUCCUUUUUUAAUAUACACAACAUAAGCCAUGAUAAUGUACUAAGAUGUUUCUGUGAAAUGAGU